UGAUUCUAAUUUGUUUAUUUUUCAGUUGGCCAAUUCCUCAUCCUACUGUGGAAUCUGUAAUUUUCUAAUUAGAAUUUUGAAAAUAAGACAACUUGGCAAAUCGAAAUGAAGAGAGGAAAAUCACUUCUUAAAUUUUUAACUUUCACGUUUGCGUCUAUACUGAACGUACAUACCCUCGAAUACAGCGAUUUAGAAGCCAUCGGCGUAGCCUGCAGGAACCGUGACAGUUGCACUUCACCGACUAGACACACAACCUUUAACGAAACAAACUGCGAAUGUGAUCGCUCCUGUUCGGUAUACAAUGACUGCUGUAUUGACUCUACUUACCGGUCAUCAACCAGGGGUUCCAGCUCUCAAUGGAGUCGAGGGACUUGCAUGCCCUUUGGAAAUGAGCCUAAUACGGGAGCCUACGUCGUGAACACGUGCUCUCCUGAUUUCUCUGGAAGUCAGGAAGUACAGCGCAAAUGUCAGAAUGACGAUGACAUCAGUGACCCUCUGUUGUCUGCCCCGGUGACAGACACAUCUCUACACGUAACUUACAAGAACAGAUAUUGCGCGGAAUGCAACCUUGCAUCUCCCUCCAGCCUCACAUCGUGGCUGAUUUUGCUUAAUUGUGAAAGUAUCGAAUAUGUUUCAGAUGUCACUAACAACUACAUAUGGAGCAACCUCAAGUACAGGUCCGACUUAAAACAAUGGGGGGUGGAAGUCAACAACGACACUGUGCAAUUUCACUCGUGUAACCUGAUCUUUGAUAUGCCUUCCUACGUUAGGAAAGACGUCAGGUUAUGCCGGGCAAACAUAGUGUCCACUUGCCCUUCCAAAUGGAAGCGACUGCCAGUGAAAAGAGCUUGCGAGUCAUAUUUGGCGAUGGUCUACAAAACUGGAAAUGAUGAUCAAGCUUUCAGAAAUCCACAUUGCGCGCUCUGCAAUGGUUUAAGUGUGGACGCUUUGGUUUGUGAUAAAGGACUUUCGGGUAAGAGGAGAAAGCCACUAUCAUUUGCUCUUUUACUAGACAUUAACCAAAGCGAUGGAGACCAGGUGGGGGUAUCCAUACAGCCUGUACCUUCUUGUCCGUCUGGACAGAAAUAUGAUCCCUUUUUCAAGAAGUGCCGGCCGCUUGUAUGUGCUUUGCCAGGGCACUCCAUGGUAAAUGGAAGGUGCGUGAGAGGUUAGGGUGUAUAAAAAGGUUAGGAUGUAACGCACUCUUUCCUUUUCGAAAUUUCCAAGUGUGUUUAAUGCUGCUAUCAAACCAUGUGCCAAUGUCCAUUUUUAAACGCAAGUUGAAACUAUUUUAUUCACGUUGAGCUUUUGUUACUGAUGUAUUUUAAAUAAAAUACUUAUGGAACAA